AUGUUUGCCGUCACCUUCCUCCUCCUGACCCUCUACUCCCCCCUCCUCCUCCUCGCCCAACAAGCCUGCUACUAUCCCGAUGGCACGGAAGCAACAGCCGACACACCAUGCAACAGCUCGGCGUCGAACACCCCGACCGACGCUUCCUCGUGCUGCCACGACAGCUCAAACUCCUACUGCCAAGACAACAACCUCUGCACCUGGAACGGAGCCAUGUACCGGGGAGCAUGCACGGACAAGACAUGGAAGAGCCCAAACUGCCCCCAGCAGUGUACCGAAGCUCAACGCAACACAGCCAUGAACAUCUUCCCCUGCCCCGCCUCCGGCGUCUGGGAAUGCGAACGCGGCAGCGCCUGCGCCUCCAACUUCACCCUCCCCACCUUCGGCCUCCUCCUGCGCGACUCCCAGCUCCCGGGCGCCCAACCCGACGGCAUCGGGCUCGCCGACCCCUCCGCCUCCUCCUCCUCCAACGCCUCCGCCGCUCCGGCGACCGUGACCGCGACCGCCGGGGCCACGGCCACGUCCUCCACCCCGACGGCGACGGCGACCGCGUCGACGGGCUCCGACGCCUUGGCCGUGGGCCUCGGCGUCGGCAUACCGCUCGGGGUGCUCCUGGUGGCGUGCGUCGCGCUGCUGGUCCGGCAGCAGCGGAGGUUGAAAGCGGAGAGGGCGGUGGCGGCGCCGGUGGGGGGUCCGGAGGGCAAGGGCGGGGGCUACAAGGGGCGGGAGCCGGGGACGUGGGGCGCGCAGGAGUUGCCGGAGCAGGGGGCGGUGCCGGAGCUGAGCGAGGACAAGAACCGUGUCCAUGAGUUGGGGGGGAACUACAUGCCCGGGUCGCCGCCGCCGUUGUCGAGAUAG